UGAUCUAAAAAUGGCAGGCGGCUCUUCGGGUGAUGUUUGUUUUUUUCAUCGUGUAAAACAUUUUCCGCCAGUUAUUAAUGGAAGAAUUAAUAUAAUCGAAUUUUUAGAAGCGUCUACUGGUUUAGUAUCUAUUGUGGAACGCCUUGGCACAGUAUUUGGUCCUGUAAAGUAUGACAUGCAAGGCAAUAUCGAUAAAAUUAAAAAGCUUUACACAUAUGACAAAAACUCUUGCUUACUUGAAUUGAUGCUUGCGGAGCAUGCAAAUACGAAUGGCAAGCCCACUGCAGCAGAAGGCGUACUGUGGCUUAACAGGGCUCUUCUAUUUUUUGAAAUAGUGUUCACACAAAUCCUUAGUCAUCUUCAAGCAAAUGCCCCUGAAGUGAACAUGAAGAAAAUAUUCACAGUGGCAUAUGAAGGAUCUGUCAAAAAGUAUCACAACUGGGUCACACAACAAAUAUUUGCUUUCAUCUGUAAAAUGUCCCCAUCUUUUCCACAAGUGGUAAAAUCAUUUGAAAUGGAAAAUGAUUUGAGUGGAUUCGAAACCAAAAUUGAAAGUUUCCAAAUAACUCUACAUUUAGUUAGAUGUAAAAUUGAUGAUUUCUUUAGAGAAAACAAUAUUAUUCCAGAACCAAAACCAGAUGCUUAGUUAUUACAAGCAAAAAGGUAUUACUUAAAUUCCAAGUAUAUUUUUUUAUUUUAAGAAUAAUUUAAUUAAGGUAUGACAAUUAUAUUUGAUAUGACUAAAUAUAAAUUAAUGAAUGUGUUGAAUGCUAAAUUGUAAAUACAUAUGUAGUAUUAAAUACCAAAUAUUGUAUUACGAUAAUGCCUAAGAGUGUACCAUAGUGCUGUGUUAGUAAGAUUAGAGUAUGCGCCUGAGGCUAAUUCAUGAAUUGAAAAGAUGAACAUAGAUUAUAUUAUUUACUAUUUCAUGUCAAAUAGCACCAGUGCAAUGCAUUUUAAUGUAUGGUAGUCCAGUCAAUUUUGUUUAUAACUUUAAUUUUAUUAUUAGACAAAAUAAUAUUGAAAGUCCAGUGCCUUGUGAACUAUUUGAAGGCAAAGUAACCAUUUUAUAAAAGACUAUCCAAACAUUUUACCAAGAGGUUAUAUUUGAUACAAUUAUGUAAUGUAGGUUAUAGUUGAGUUGUAUUGUGUAAUACCAAGGAAUGGUAUUAAUAGAGGUGCUCAUUGUAUGGUUUACAGAUAGAUUUUUGUGUGAUAUCCUUAUCCAUAAUCAGUUGAAUUUAAAAACAUGAGUGUAUUUAUUAUAUUUAAUCUUUGAUAAUUGCUGUUAUAUCUCAAUUCUUAGUUUAGGUUAAAAUUAUGUUUACAGACAUGUGUAUCCAUUAGUAUUUAAUUAUUAUAGAUUGUUAUACUAAUUUAAAAUACCAAAGCUUUGCUUUCAUACACUUUCACUCUUAUAUUCAAAUAUUCAAGUCCUAAAUUAAAUAAAAGUGAGCAUUUAAUGUUGUGCAACAACAUAAUAAACUUUUUUCAAGUAA